AUGGAGUUCCCUGCAACUCCAUCUAAUGCUUCAGAUAGCAAUGAUUAUUCAGGUCUCCCGCCGUUGCAGAUCGAAACAACGCAAGAUAAUAACAAGCGGCGAAGUUCCUCACGUUCUAUAAAACGAAGGCGUUUUGAUGAUGAACUAGUGGAAUACAGCCUAAGUUUGUCGGGUGCUUCCCUCGGUAAAAAUGAAAAGCGAAUGCGUACUCAGUCGUAUACCAGCCAAAUGCCAGAGUUCCCGGUUCAUGGAAGUGCACCAGCAACGCCUGCACCACCGGCACCAGAGCGCCGGCGAGCCUCAAGUAAAAUAUCUGGGAGUGUGGGCCGCAAGCCUCGACGUAGGGGUCAACUGAGUCAGCUAUCAACAAAGGACUUAGGUCGUUGGAAGCCUACCGAUGAUCUUGCUUUGAUAUUGGGUGUACAACAGACAAAUGAUCUCCGUGUAGUCCACCGAGGCAUAAAGUUCUCAUGCAGAUUCACAGUGGGUGAGCUUCAGUCCCGCUGGUAUGCAUUACUUUAUAAUGCUGAGGUGUCCAGAGUUGCUAUAGCUGCGAUGCGCAACCUUCAUCCUGAUCUUAUCGCCGCAGUCCAGCAACAAGCAUUGUAUUCAAAUGCUGAGGAAGAAUUGCUCGGCACUUUACCCAGUAAUUCUCACCCGGCCGCAGAGAAGUUUCAGGAACUGUUGGAACAGAACCCCCAUGUGUUCUAUCCCACCAGAACGUCCAAAUCCCUCAUGAAUCACUGGCAACUAUUGAAACAGUACCAACUACUGCCUGACCAAACUGUGCCGUCCUUACCUAAAGGACAAGACGACAAUAUUAUGACAUUUUCUGAUGCUGAGGAUACAAUGAAUGAUUCAGAAUUGCCAGACUAUAAAGAGGACGGUAUUGACGUUGAAAUGCAGUUGGCUGACAGAGUAGAGAAGAAGGACAUCCGUCUGCUGGAGAAUUCCCUGUCCCGCUGGCAAGUUUUGGUCCAAUCAGUGGCUGGAGGGGGUGUGGAACUGGACAAGAAUACUCUUGCCGUGCUUCGAGGCAGACUCGUGCGGUACCUCAUGCGAUCCAGAGAGAUAGCGGUCGGCCGUAGCACAAGGGAUCACACGAUCGACGUCGACCUAAGCCUUGAGGGUCCAGCCGCGAAGGUCUCGAGGAAGCAGGCAAUAAUCCGCCUCCGAAAUAGCGGCGACUUCUUUAUGUCCUCGGAAGGCAAACGACCGAUUUUCAUUGAUGGACGGCCAGUGCUUCAUGGGAAUAAAGUUAAACUGAAUCACAAUAGUGUUAUUGAGAUAGCGGGACUUCGCUUCGUGUUCCUGAUUAACCAAGAAUUGAUCAGUGCCAUCCGCCAAGAGGCUGUUAAAGUCACCAUACCUGUUUAAUAAAAUACAUAAUAAAGGGUGAUAGAA